CUUCACCUACGAGAGAGCAAGUACCAACUGAAAAGUUGCCUAAACGGUCUUCUGGCAGAGAGGAGGCAUUUAUGCCAUAAGGAUGGGCUUGUAGCUCUUAGAGAAGAAAUGGAGUCCAAAUACAAGCAACUGGAGAAAAGAAAUGAAAAGCUGUAACAAGAAAACAAAAUACUAGAAGGGAAGCAGCUAGACGCGGAUGACUUGAAGGAAAAGCUGUCAGACGCAUACUCAAGAAUUGAAGCAGAAAAUGAGUACCAGCAAUUUCUAAGGGAGAAACAUUCGGAGGAAGUCCAAACUUUGAAGGAGAAAUGUCAAGACCUGGAACAGAAGCAGGCACUCUUGGAGGACAAAAAUAAAGACAUGGAAGAAGAGAAGACAAAACUAGAAGACAAAAAUAAAGAAUUGGAGGAAGAGAAGAUAAAACUGGAGGACAAAAAUAAAGAAUUGGAGGAAGAGAAGACAAAACUGGAGGACAAAAAUAAAGAAUUGGAGGAAGAGAAGACAAAACUGGAGGACAGAAAUAAAGAAUUGGAGGAAGAGAAGAUAAAACUGGAGGACAAAAAUAAAGAAUUGGAGGAAGAGAAGAUAAAACUGGAGGACAAAAAUAAAGAAUUGGAGGAAGAGAAGAUAAAACUGGAGGACAGAAAUAAAGAAUUGGAGGAAGAGAAGAUAAAACUGGAGGACAAAAAUAAAGAAUUGGAGGAAGAGAAGAUAAAACUGGAGGACAAAAAUAAAGAAUUGGAGGAAGAGAAGACAAAACUGGAGGACAGAAAUAAAGAAUUGGAGGAAGACAAGGAAAAGGUAGAAGACAAAUAUACAGCGCUUGAGCAGAAGCAUAAAGAAGUCCAGGACAGGAGCACAGAAAUGCUUCAGGAGAAGAUCCAACACCUGCAAAAAUAUGAAGAACUUGAGAGGAUUCACAAAGAACUGCAAAGCAGAAACAGUGAAAACCAGGAGGAUCAGAAAAAGCAGAAACAAGAGGAGCUUGAACAAAAGGGCAAAGAAGAGGAUGAAAAGUUUAACAAACUGCAGGAAGAUUUUGAGAAGAUUCAAGCAGACAAUGAAAACCUCAAAGAAAAUAACACACUGGAGAUGAAAAAUGAUGCGUUGCAGGCGCAAGAAAAGCAAAAGAAAAAACGAUCCAGCUUUUUCAAGAGGAAGUCAAGCAAGAAAGAGGAAAAACCAAAAGAAGACCAGGAAAGCGUAGAGAAAGAAGAAAAGGGUGGAUCCACGUCCCUUUUUCGGGCUGUGCCCGGGCGGACCACAUGGAAUCCCACGAAGGCUGGAAACAACAUACUGCAAGAGCAUAUAGGAAAAGAGACAACACAUAACAACAAUGCUCAGUGGCUCAUGGAGAUAAGAGCAAAAGACAACUAUGAAGAGGCCACUAGGAAAGCCGGAACCACCAAAUACCUGCAGAGAGUGAGGCAAGUGAGGAGUAGUCUGCUGAAUAGGAAAAACAAGAUCCAGACAAUCAAUACCUAUGCCCUGCCGGUGAUCAGGUACCCUUCUGAGAUAGAUAGAAGCCAAUGA